UAAAUUGAAAAGUUGUUCAGGAGAACUUUCCAGUUUAUUUAGCGCAUAUUUCCAUCACAUGAAACAAUUAAACAUGUAACAUGAAAUACUUUUAUUUAAAACCCAUUCAUAGUUCCUGCAGUGUUGAACAGAGGGGGACAGCCAAUCAGGUGGGCACUUAGAUUCAUCACACGAGGGAGUCGGAACACAACUGCCAACUUGUUACAGACAUGAGACGUGCUGAUACCCGCUCUCGGUCUAAACGUCCAGCGAACACGCUGAGCUCGGCAAGGAAUACCCCUGUCGCCGGAGACGAAUCGGUUGAGGAGGAAGCGGCGGGAACGUCUUCCACCGCUAGGACCACAGUCGCUCCUAAUGCCCAACUGGCUUCAACGAGACUGCGCCAUGAGCUGCAGAUGGCCAGGCAGAAGUUGGACUGGCAGCAGGAGCUGGUUAAAGACUUGACCAAAGAUCCUGAAGAGGUGGUGGCCCGGUACCGCAAGGUGCUGAAAAUCUGCAGGAAGGGAAGAACCAUGGGGGCAGCCUUCAAAGCUGUAGGGGUCGACCGCAACACCAUUGUUGUAAAUGCCCCCAUGGCAGAGCUGUGCAUUGCUGCCCCAGAGGCGUAUGCAGAGCUAAAAGAGAGCGCCCCCAAAAAGGAGAAGCUCUCCAGUUUUGCACAGAGGUGCAAGGAUGCCAUAGACGUGGACGACAACAUUGUUACCCGAAUCAAAGAAUAUAAAGACUCUUUUGCCAAUUACUAAAAAAAACUAGCUGAUCCCC